AUUUUUUCUUUGCAACGCGGUUUUUAGUGCAGUUUUGUGUCGUCUGUUCUGUCACUGAUAAAUGAUACACAGAAGCCUGUGUGUCAGCGAUGGGGAAUAUACAACAGAGAAAGCUUUGCUAUUUUAUCCUGGUCUCUCUAUGUUUGACCUCUACUCCACCUGCUGCAGAUGGUCGGAUCAGACUGGCUGGGUCUGGGUCUACUCGCUGUGCUGGGAGAGUUGAAAUCUAUUACAACAACAUCUGGGGAACAGUCUGUGAUGAUGGUUGGGGCUUAACUGAUGCUGGCGUGGUGUGCAGACAGAUGCACUGUGGUGCGGCACUGAGUGCCUUUCAGUCGGCCCACUUUGGUAAAGGAACUGGUCAAAUCUGGCUUGAUGAUGUGGGCUGUUCAGGAAAUGAAAGGUCUCUAACUGAGUGUCAGCACAAUGGAUUUGGGAAACAUAACUGUGGACAUGAUGAGGACGCUGGUGUGGUGUGUUCAGGUGUGCCAAUCAGAUUGUCUGGGUCUACCUUGUGCUCUGGAAGAGUAGAAGUCUAUUACAACAAUGUCUGGGGAACAGUCUGUGAUGACGAUUGGGACUUAAAAGAUGCUGGCGUGGUGUGCAGAGAGCUGGGCUGUGGUACGGCACUGAGUGCCCCUCACUCAGCUCACUUUGGUGAAGGAACCGGACAGAUCUGGCUUGAUGAUGUGGGCUGUUCAGGAAGUGAAAGGUCUAUAACUGAGUGUCAGCACAAUGGAUUUGGGAAACAUAACUGUGGACACAGUGAGGACGCUGGUGUGGUGUGUUCAGGUGUGCCAAUCAGAUUGUCUGGGUCUACCUUGUGCUCUGGAAGAGUAGAAGUCUAUUACAACAAUGUCUGGGGAACAGUCUGUGAUGACGAUUGGGACUUAAAAGAUGCUGGCGUGGUGUGCAGAGAGCUGGGCUGUGGUACGGCACUGAGUGCCCCUCACUCAGCUCACUUUGGUGAAGGAACCGGACAGAUCUGGCUUGAUGAUGUGGGCUGUUCAGGAAGUGAAAGGUCUAUAACUGAGUGUCAGCACAAUGGAUUUGGGAAACAUAACUGUGGACACAGUGAGGACGCUGGUGUGGUGUGUUCAGCAAAUCUCCCAAAGCCCAGAAUCUCAAUGAAUCCUGCUGGGAAGGUUACCUGGGGUCAGAAUGUCGGCAUCACUUGUUUGGUCUCAAGUCAUAUUCAGCAGCUUUUAAGUGCAACAUUCACUUUGAGAAAGACUUCAGGUUCAUUCAGAAAGACUCAAAGUUCGAGUAUGUUUAACAUACCUGCAGUCAACUUUGAUGACGAAGGAUCGUACCAGUGUCAGUAUCAGACGACGGUUUCAAGUCAAGACUUCAGCUCCCCCUUAAGUGACUCCAUCAGACUUUCUGUUACUGUGAUUCUCCCAAAACCCAGCAUCUCUAUGAAUCCUGUUGGUGAGGUUACUUGGGGUCAGGAUGUCAGCAUCACUUGUUCAAUCUCAACUCAGCAUUUAGGUGGGACAUUCAUUCUGCAGCAGACCUCAGGCUCAUUCAGGAAGACUCAAACAUCAAGUACCAACUCGGCUACUUUUAACAUCGUCCAAGUGGACUUUGACAAUGAAGGAUCGUACCAGUGUCAGUAUCAGACGACGGUUUCAAGUCGAGACUUCAGCUCCCCCUCAAGCGACUCUGUCAGACUCUCUGUUGCUGUGAAACUCCCAAAACCCAGCGUCUCUAUGAAUCCUGUUGGUGAGGUUACUUGGGGUCAGGAUGUCAGCAUCACUUGUUCAAUCUCAACUCAGCAUUUAGGUGGGACAUUCAUUCUGCAGCAGACCUCAGGCUCAUUCAGGAAGACUCAAACAUCAAGUACCAACUCGGCUACUUUUAACAUCGUCCAAGUGGACUUUGACAAUGAAGGAUCGUACCAGUGUCAGUAUCAGACGAUGAUUUCAAGUCGAGACUUCAGCUCCCCCUCAAGCGACUCUGUCAGACUCUCUGUUGCUGUGCCACUGCAGCAGCCCAACAUCUCCCUGACAUCUCCUAACAGAGGGCUGGUCUGGAGUCCUAAAGGAGCAGAGGUCACCAGGGGUUACAGCUUCAUCUUCACCUGCACCACUUCCUCCUUUUAUCCUGGAGGUGUAUUGUCUCUCAUCUUCUCUGACUCCAACAUCAUCGACACCAAGCCAGCAGUCAACCACUCAGCCUCCUUUACCUUUCCUGUAGCUGAGUAUGAACACCAGGGAAACUACAGCUGUGUGUAUGAAGUCACACUGUCCUCGAGGAAAUUCAGUUCUACACAGAAAGCACCCAUUAGUGUCAUCAUUAAAAUGCCUUUGUUGCCACUGGUCUCCUCAGUAGCUGCUGGGGGUCUGCUGUUGGUCCUGCUGGUCUUGAUAGUGGUCUUUCUGGUCUACAAGAGAAGACAACAAACCAAGCAGCCUGGAACUCUCGUCCAAACUCAAAUGCCUCUCGGAGUCAGAAACGUUUAUGGAAGUGAUGAGGAUGAGGGUGAGGAUGAUGACUAUGAGAAUGUUGAUCCAAUGGAAACCAAGAGGAAACUCAAAGAUGGAGCGGGCAGAGUGGAGGAAGAGGAGAUUAAUGAUUAUGAGGAUCCAGAGAGUGAUGACGAUCACGAUUAUGAGGAAGCAUGCCCCCAUGCAAAUUUCAUAAAAGCCAAGGAGGACUGUUUCAGUGUCGAGGAGAGCACGGAAGAGGAAGAAGAAGAAGAAGAAGAAGAAGAAGAGGACGAAGAAGAUAAAGAAGAAACCAGUGAUGAUGAAAACACCUAUGAAAAUGUAAACCAGCCCUUUGAUGAACAAACUGUGUCCAUCUAUGGAGAAGAAGAGGAUAUUUAUCAAAACUUUUGAGGUGUCCAGUGGUCAUCAGUGUUACAGUGGUUGCCAUGGACAAAGGACUCAUGUUUUGACCCGCUGCAAUCAAUUUCACCAAAUAAAUGGAAUGUUGAAAUCUUAAAAAGUGGAGAUGAAACACUGAAAACUAUGUCUGAGGUUCAUUGGAUUUUUACCUUAGCCAAGAUAUAGCACUGUAAUCAAACUUGCAUCUAGAUUUGCUAACACACAAACACACACACACACACACACACACACACACACACACACACACACACACACACAGUCAAUAUAGUCAAUAACAGGAUAAAUAAGGAAAAAAUCAAACAAACCACAGUCACAUUGUUCAAUGUUUCAUCACCUCUGUAAAGUGACAACUGGUAAUUCAAAGGGACAGAGCAGAUAAAUGUUGAAUGAUGUUAAAUGAGUAUAGCUUGGUCAUUCAGCUCUCAUUAUUGUAUGUAUCAUAAUUAAUAUUUUUUAGGAAACUUUAAGUCAGUCAAUAUAACUCCAACGAAGGAGUUAUAGGUGGGUCUCUGGACAUAUGAUGAAGCUUCAUUAUAGGUGGUCAACAGGUGCCUAACAGUAAAUAGUAGACCUGUGCCCCCCUAAGGGGUCAAUCCAGCAAUGUGUGUAAAGUUUUUAAAAAGUAUGCAAAAAAAUAAUUUAGAUGUUUUAUCAUACACAUAAUAUAUUAACUCCUUAAAUAUUUAUUUUAUUGGUGGCACAGUAGUGCGGUGGUUAGCAUUGUCGCCUAACAGUAAGAGGUUUCCUGGUUUGAGCUGUGGGGCAGCCCCUCUGUACUGAGUUUGCAUGUUCUCCCCGUGUGGACUCUAUCAGGGUACUCCGGCUUCCUCCCACAGUCCACAUGCAAGUUAGGUUAACUGGUCACUUUAAACUGGUGUGGAUAGUGUGAAUGGUUGUCUGCCUCUAUACGUGUCAGCCCUGCCAUAGUCUGGCGACCUGUCCAGGGUGUACCCCGCCUGUUGCCCAAUGUCAGCUGGGAUAGGCUCCAGCCCCCCUGCUACCCCCAACAGGAUAAACAAUAUGGAAAAUGAAUGAAUGAAUGUUUUUGAAGAAGUAAAGCUGUGUUUUUCAUUGAACCACCCAAGUUCAUCGUGGUUCUUUGAAACCAGUUUUAAUGUAUUUCAAUUAAGACCUGGUCACCCUGGUUGAUCACAUCAUUCUCUUUAUGUUAUUUUAUCUUACUGGUUAAUCUACAACUUCAUUUAGCUUCUUAUGUUAUCAAAGCAAUAGGAAUAAAUUUUCCACUUUCUUAUUGAGAGUUAGAUGAAAAAAUUAAUACCACUCAAGAUAGAGUGGUAUCUAUCUUUUCAUCGGUCCCUAUGAACAGAUUGUGUAUAUGUAUACAGAAUCUGUAGGCGAUGAGACAAGAUUCUGGUAUCGAAUUAGUUUCUGUUUUUUCUUUGUAGUCUGUUUAUAGUCUGAUUAGUACUAACCAAUUGCAUUUGAAUGCCAAUUAAACAGUCCAUGAGGAGAUGCGAAACACAUGUCAAAAUGCACCCAUCGGCUGUCAUCUGACAGUUUAACUUUAUAUCAGUUUUGACCAGUGACCAGUGCAUGGAAGAGGAAGUCUUGGCCCGGAUAUGACUAUGCCUGGUCAGCCUGAAAUAUUGGCCCUCAACCCCAGAGGUUUUAUCACCAUCAGAUGAUAGUAGAUGGGUUCUGAGGUUGUCUUCCUAUCCAACUUUCAGCAAGAAAGAUGAUACGUGUGUUUCUUAAAGGGAAAUUUCGGUUUAUUUCAACCCGUCUCCUAUCGUCCUAAAUUUGUUUCAAGUGACUAGUGACAUAGAAAUAAUAGUUAGCAUGUUAGCCGUUAGCCUAGAUACAGCCGUAGCGUCAGACCUGUUAAAACGUAAGUGAAUGGGCAUCCUUUCAAGUGCAAAGUUAGUCCACUAAACAAGCUUUUUUUCCACAAAGACCGCCUCAUAUCGUUAGGAUAAAUGUCAGAGAACAUAUAGAAAACGACAUGUAAACGUGUUGUCUUACCUUACCGGUGUGGUGCCAUGUUUCCCUUUAAAGGGGAACCCAAAUUAAGAAUUUCAAUGUGUUAUUCCCUGGGAAAGUUCAAUCAGUAUUUGUGAACAUGAGCUACUCUCUCUUAAAGCCAGCAACCAGAGAAGGAAGUCUCAAACUCAUGAUGUCAUAGAGUAUAUAGUCUGGAGCUGCCCAUAGACAAUGAAUGGGAGCCUGAUUUUUUUGGACCCACAAGAUGUUUGUUUUCUUUUUUAUACCCUAGUGAGCUUUAUUCUAUUUUAGUGUAAAACAGAAAAGAACAUUCCCCUGGGUGCUCUCAGUGUCAUCUCAAACAUCUUUCCAUAUUCAUUGUCCAUGGAGAAGCUUCAGACUUUAUACACUGUAACAUUACAAAUUUGAUUUUCAGCAUUCUAGUUUUUGGAUUUGAGAGAGCAUUGUUCAUGUUAACUUAUAUUUUUGGACUUUCUUUGACCAUAGGAAUAACAUUUGAAUUUUGAAAAUAGGCAUCAUUCCACUUUAUAUGUGAAACUACUCCUCAGUUUUAUUUGCUUCAUUUGUAUACAUACCUUUAAAAAAAAAAAAAAAAAGUAUUAAUGUUUCAAAGGUAAAAUGUAAAUUCAAGUAUUUUAUGUUGAAUGUAUCUUAUAAUAUAUGUAUAUUUUAUUCAAAUAAAUGUCUUAGUUGGUUUUUUUUUUGUAA